AUGGUCCUACUUGUUCUUAGUUUUGUUCUUCUUGUUGCUUCAUGUCAGGCACUACCAGUUGCAGAUGCCCAAGGAAAAUAUGCUAGUGCUCAUGUUAUUCAACCAAAACACAUGACCACGGAUGAAUACGUUCAAUCAGUAAUCGAUUUUUGGACAGAAGAAAAAUUUCAUCAAGCUAAAUCGCCAUGGGAACUGUAUCCAAACAUAUUUAACAGCAGCGAGAUUAGACGUCAAAAAUUGGAUGACUCCCAUUUUGAUAAGAAUACUCCUGCUUUUGCUGUCAAUCCAGUUCUUGGUGCUUCUGACUGGAACUUGAAAGCACCAGCUGGUGGAUAUGGUCGUCCAACUACUGGUAAAGUUUUUUGGAAUUUAGGUAACAAUCAUUAUGGGAUGUGUUCGGCUAGUGUUAUUGUUUCGGAUAACAGAGAUCUGUUAGUUACUGCUGCGCAUUGCAUCUUUGAUCCAAGUCAAGGCGGUUUUUUGGUUAAUCAUAAUUGGGUGUUUGUGCCUGGCUAUAUACAUGGUCAACGGCCUUAUGGCACAUUUCCCGUCCGAUCGAUGACAACAUUCAAUGGAUGGACAAACUCAAACGAUUGGAAUUACGAUAUUGGUUACGUAUUAGUAUUUCAGGUCAACGGUCGGCAUGUUCAAGAUGUUGUUGGUGCCCAAGGCAUUGGGUUCAAUUUCGGUCGUAAUGAACUUAUAUUUUCAUUCGGUUAUCCAUUGAAUUUAGACGGAGGUGAAGUGAUGCAAUAUUGUCAUGCACUUAGUGGUGGGCACCAGGCAGGUAGUGGAUAUCAUGGUCAACAAUUGUAUUGUGAUAUGACGGGUGGAAGUAGUGGUGGACCAUGGCUGCAGGUAUUCAACAUACAAAGUGGUACGGGUUAUGUUACAUCGAUUAACUCGUUUCUACUUAGCGGACAAACAAAUACAAUGCAUGGACCCUAUUUUGGUGAAGAUGCUCGAUCGUUAUAUGAUUCAACAAAAACAUAA